UUUACUUUCUCUAUUUUUUUCUAAGUCUUCUCGUGUCCACGAUGACUUUAUCCCAUGGUGAUGGUUGUGAAGAGUUGAUCAUUUUCUCACCAUUAAUUAUAUUGUGUUUGGGCAUUCAAAGUUAGAUUUUUUCCCAUCUUUUUUUUUUUUCCACAUGAAGGGCUGCUGACUGACCCGAAAAAGAUGACAAAUUAAUCAUCGUUAAUUAGCACAAAUAAAGAGUCAAUCUAUAGAAUUUCAUUAUUGAUUAGAGCAGGGACUUUCUAGCAGGUUGACGUAGCCCUGCAAUUUAUGUGGUGAUGUUUAAUUGUGUGAUAUUCUAGUAGAAGAUGAUAGUGAUGGAACCAGAAUUUUCAUUGAGGAAGUUCAAAAGUAAAUAUACGAACAAUUUUCUCCUCUUCUUCUUCUUCUUCACAUUUUUUAAUUAAGAUAUUUUUUCUCCUAAAUUUAUCUUCACUUUCUUUUUAUUAUAUUCAAUGUUUUUCUCAAUAAUCAAAUUAAACAACAUCAUAUCCCUUUAGCUCACCCAAUUGAUCGUUUGGAGUUUCGUGUCAAAGAUGAUGAUGUUUUUGGUGCACGAGUUAUGGGUAAAGCUACUAUUUCGGCAAAAAAAAAGUGUCCAUGGUGAGGUUAUUUCCGGCUUAUUUUCCGUUAUCGAUACUUCAGGUUCCAUUCCGAGUGGAAUAUAUUAUCGGAAUAGUACAACAAGAUAGUGCAAGUUUGAAUUGUGGUGUAUUUGUAGCUGUUUAUGUCGAGUACCUGAGCGAGGGAUUAGGCAUUCCCUCAUCGGGUAUUGAUGCUCAAUACCAUCGCAUGAGAUAUGCCACUCUUUUGUGUAAGUAUGACUCUGCAAAGGUGGAGAAAGGAUACUUCAGUGAGAAUGACGAUCCACCAAGGCCAAGGAGCAGCUUCACACAAAAAGAAAAAGUCUGUGCUUUACAUAUUGAGUAAUUGUUUACUUGUUGGCAAGUUGAUUGUUAUAUAGUUUGACGAUGUUAGUACAUGUUGUCAUUGUUUUUUUUAGAUGUUUUUCAACAUCAUGGAUUCUACCUUAUCACCAAUGAUUGUCAUAUGGCUAUUUCAGAUUAUGAUAUAUUAGUAU